UCCCAUGUUGCAUUUCGAAAUCAUUCGGUAUAAGUUGACUUGUCCUGUCCUCUUGCAGUAAAAUCUAGAGAAUUUUAAAAGUGAAAUAUUGUAAACAAAAAUAAUAUGGCAGAGAAUACUUUUCAACCAGGAACAGGUGUAGCACCUGCUACUUUAGUCGAGUUGUCGAUUUCUUGUCGACAUCUCAUAGAUUCAGAUGUAUUUUCAAAAUCAGAUCCAAUUGGUGUGUUGUUCGAGAUGGAUAAUGCCAACAAACAAUACAGAGAACUGGGAAGAACAGAAAUUAUCUGGAAUAACUUGAAUCCAGACUUUGUUAAGAAAUUUGUAAUGCACUACUACUUUGAGCAAAGUCAGAAACUGAAAUUUGAAAUAUAUGAUGUUGAUUCCAAAUCAGCUGACUUGUCAAAGCAUGACUUUUUAGGAAGAAUGGAAUGUACACUUGGCGAGAUUGUUGCUUCAGGGACCAGAUAUACAAGGAGACUUCUGGGACCAAAGAAAAACAGUGGGACUAUAAUUGUUGGUGUAGAAGAAUUAAGCAGCUGUAAGGAACAAGGCAAUUUCCAGUUUAGAGCUUCAAAGUUAGAUAAAAAAGAUUUCUUUGGGAAAUCAGAUCCUUUCCUGACUUUUUCCAGGGCAAAUGAAGACAGUUCGUUUACAGUAGUUCACAGAACUGAAGUUAUUAAAAAGACACUGAAUCCAACAUGGAAACCAUUUACAAUAUCAGUCAGAGCUCUUUGUAAUGGAGAUUAUGACAGGUCUAUCAAAGUUGAAUGUUAUGACUGGGAUGCAGAUGGAGGCCAUGAUUUUAUUGGAGAAUUUCAAACAACAUUGAGAGAACUUUCUAGAGGACCUAGUCAGCAAAAUAUUUUUGAGUGCAUUAAUGGAAAGAAGAGGGACAAAAAACUAAAAAAGGGAAAGUCCUAUACAAAUUCAGGUGUGAUAGAAUUAAUGAGUUGUAAAAUGGAGAAAGUCUACACAUUUUUGGAUUAUGUUAGAGGAGGGACACAGUUGAACUGUUCAUUUGCAGUAGAUUUCACAGCAUCUAAUGGGGAUCCGAAGUCACCAUCAUCUUUACAUUACAUGAAUCCAUACAGACCAAAUUCAUAUCAAACAGCACUUAGAUCUGUAGGGGAGAUAAUCAAAGAUUAUGAUAGUGAUAAAUUAUUUCCUGUCCUUGGUUUUGGUGCUCGUCUACCACCAGAUGGUGUUGUUUCUCAUGAAUUUGCAUUAAAUGGUAACCCAAACAAUCCUUACUGUACAGGUAUAGAAGGUGUUUUAGAAGCUUACAAUAAAGCCUUACAUUCAAUACAGUUAUAUGGUCCUACAAACUUUGCUCCAGUUAUCAAUCAUGUGUCCAGGUUUGCUGAAGCUAAAACAGGAGGAACUGACUAUUUUAUUCUGCUGAUUGUAACAGACGGUAUCAUUACUGACAUGCCACAGACAUGUGAAGCAAUAGUUCACGCUGCAAGUCUUCCAAUGUCCAUAAUUAUUGUUGGUGUAGGAGAUGCUGAUUUUGAAGCAAUGGAUGUUCUAGAUGGAGAUGAUGUCAGGUUAUCAUCAAGAGGAAAAUAUGCUGAAAGAGAUAUUGUGCAGUUUGUUCCAAUGAGAAAUUUUACUGGUCGUCAAGGAGACAAUCCUGCCGCUCUUCAGGCUAUGUUGGCUAAAGAGGUUCUAGAAGAAAUUCCUGACCAGUUCUUAUCAUACAUGAAGACACGGAACAUCAAACCAAAACCCCCUCUACAAAGACAACUUACAAUAUCAUCAGUCACUUCUCUUCCAGCAUCUGAGCAAUGAUUUGAGUACUGUAACGAACAAAUCCAGGUCAAUGAAAUAGAUCUUAAAAUGUUCUAUAUAUGUUGAUGUAUUAUAUAAAUAGUGCUGGUCAUGAUUUUGGGCAGAGAUAUAAAGAAUUUGAUUGUGAUCCCUCUAUUGCAUUAUUCAGUAUAGACGAAAUUGGGGUUUUUACAAUGAUUAUCAUAUAUUGUGAAUAGAAAUUGUGUAGAGUAGAAAAAAAAAGAUGUGUUAAUGCAUAUUAAAGUAAUCAUAUCGAACACGAAUUAAGGCGAAAAAUUUAUGAAAUAAGGUUGUCACAUAUUAGUUGUUUAAAUAUGUAAUUCAGACUACUAAUAUUGUAUUUUAUUAAGAUAUUUUAAUAAUGUAGUGUUUGCUAAUAAAUUACGCUCCUUCAUAUAUUCUUCGGACAUGCUAAACAAUAAUAAAUGUUGUUUCUUUUUUACUUACAUGAGAAGUAAUUGUUUUCAUAUGAUAGACAAAGUUUUUCCAAUUAUCUUAAAUUUUCACAGAUUCAUUUGUUGCAUUGAAAAGGCAUUCCUUCUGUUAUAAGAACUAGUAUGUAAAUUAGCAAAAAUCUGUUCCCAGUACUUUUUCACUCUGAUAGAGAAGAGAGUAAUGAAUAGUGAGAAAAUCUAAUUCAAAUGAACAUAUUUAUUACUAUUUUUAUAGGCAUUUUAUUUCCAUUUUUGAAUAUUUGUGAAUUUUUUACUCUAUGAAUAUUAUGGGGUUUAUGUCAAUGAGACAAUAUAAAAAAGAUCCAAAAGACAUCUAUAAGUCUUAAUAAUUAUUAUAAAUAUUAUGAUAAUUUUUUUUAAUGUGAUUAUAACUAUUAUAAGAAAAUAUUUGUACUUAUUUAUUUACUCCUAUUUAAAUUAUAAACUGUAUAAUGCAUUGACUCAUGUCUGUUAAUAGUGAAAUGAACGAGAAAAGAGAUCUGUAGAUUGGGGAUUUUUUUUAAUAAAACUUUCUGAAUAUUUUUUUGUGCAAAGUUUUUGUUGCAAGUUGGGUUCAUAGGUCGCAUAUCUGUAGACUUAAAAUAUGUAAAUUGUUAUAGAAUUGUCAAUUUAAAAAAAACAAUCUAAUACUAGUGCCAAAAAGUAAUGAAAAAUUUUGUAAAUUUGUACAGUUUUUGAAUGUGACAAAAAUUAUGAACAGAUAACCAAGAAUUAGAUGUUUGUCAUUUUCCCUAGAGAUCUUGUUUUGUAAUUUAAUACCAUUUAAAUAUUAUCAUUUGUACAGACUCAUUGAAAAUACAAUGUUUUAGAAUACCUAUUCCCCAUUAGCUAGGAGAUAGCUAGAUUAAAUUUGUAAGGGAAAAGCAAAAGUAGAGAAAAAUCACAGCAAAUGUGGAUUUUCUAAAUUUUGUUUGUUGAGCUAUGAAAAUGAAAAAAUUGACUACUACACUUUUCUAUAAAAAGUAUAAAUUUUCAGAAAAUUAAAUGUGUAAUGUUGAAAAAAAUGUGAAAAAAUUUACUUAAACUUUAGGAUCUUUGACAAGAAUGUUCACGAAAGUCUGUCGCUGCUCUAAACUUUAUUAGUUUUAAGUCAACUUCUAGUUCUAAGCCUUUAAAACAAGAAGGAUUUGUUCACGCUAUUUUUAUACCAUUUAACAGAAACCCCAUCAAAAUACAAGCUACUGCUAGUUUACAGAACCCAUAACACAAUUCAAAUGAAUUAUUUUCAUGUGUUUUGUAUAUAUAUGUUUUGCCUAGAUUCUCUGGUGGUUACCUUGCAUGACUUUGAUGUCUUUUAAAGUUAUGAAUGGCCCAUUUUAAUUUAUUUGAAACCCUGGCAUGUCAUGUUCUAUUUCUUCAUUAUAUUUCUUCAUUCCUACCUCUUAACUUACAUGAGUACUGUUUAUAAAUUUUCUAAUUUUGUAUUUUGUAUUCUUAUUUGUUCUUUAUUUUAAAAGGACCAAAUUUAAUUUAUUCAUACACCACUUCAUUUCUGUGUUAUAGUUAAUCAUUAUUUAAAAAUUUAAGAUAAAAUGAAAUAGUGAUUAACAAUUUUAUCCUUUUGAUGCUUGAUGUAGCUAAAAAAUCCUUCGAAAGAAUGAUAAUUAAAUUUCAAACUGACGGUAAUGAAAAAUGGGCAUUUGAUCCUUGAACAUAAUAUAAAUUCCUACUACUUACUUCUAACAAUGAUAUUAGUGAAAAGUAAAAUCACAAAAAUUAGUAUAAGUAAUAUAUCAAUAGUAUUUAUAUCAGCUGUAAUGGGUUCUUACUUUUCAUAAGUUUAUCAGAUGGUGGUAGAAUUUCAAGCGGUGUUUUGCAUUUGCGCCGAUCUGCAUUUCAUUUGCGCCGAUUUUUGUUUUCAUUUGCGCCGAUUUUAUUACAGGUAAAUUACAGGUGAAUAGGUACAAGAACUUGAAGAAGAUGUGAGUGUCAAUGAGAGAACUCUCCAUCCAAGUCGUUAUUUUUCAUUUAUCAGUAUAGACCUCUUCCAUUUGCCACUUGUACAAAUGAAAUGAAUUGUCAAUCACAACAUGUUUAUAACGGUUGUCCCCUGCUCACCACUGGGAGGUGGAAGAAGGCCUACAAGAUACAUCUCCAGACUUCUUCCCUUAUUGACCGUAUCCGUUGUUCUUUGGCAUCUGUCUUUCGGACAUCUACCACAUGGUUAUGCUCGAUCUGUGUUUUGAAAAUAGAAUCCAUGGUAACUCUGGCUUUACACGAUUUUAAGGUACAUUAGUAAGAUAUGUAGUUAUGUUUAAGAACACAGACCUUCCGAUAUGUAUGGCCCUCGAUGAUUAAAGAAUUUACUUCUAGGUCCGUUUCAAUGUGCAAGAUGACCAUCAAGUUACAACGAAGUUCCAGAACAAUAUGAAUCAAAAUUAACUUAAACAUGGACGAAAAACAAUUAUAACCAGAUUUUACCAAUGGUAUAGCACAGUACAUGUACAAGUUUUAACUUACCUGUAAAUCUAAUUAGGAGCAAAUAUAAAAUCCGCGCAAAUGAAAAAAUGAAAUCGGCACAAAUGAAAGAAUGAAAAUUUUCAAAAUCGGCGCAAAUGUCAUACGCCCAUUUCAUGUCAUAUGCAAUGUUGUCACCAGAGUUACAGCUUUAUUAUACCAAAAGUUGUGUUUUACAGUUACAGUUUUGAAAUAUUAAUCAUAAAUUCUUAAAGGGCAUUGAGAUUAUUGUAGUAUAAUUACUUUCUAAGUGCAAACAAUAUUUUCCAGGCUAAGUUUUCAUUCUUAAAAAUAAUAUAAAGAGUAUUUAUGUUAGAUUUUGACAUUUAUGAAUUAAGAAGACCAUUGAAUAAGAAGUGGGAAUUAUAACUUUUUAUGUUGAUAAGGUUUUGAUUAAUCUUAAACAUACAUACCUGCUCUACUACACGCUCUGAAAGUAUGAUUUUUUUUUGCAACAAGUACAAAAGCUAAAAAAAAUAAUACCCUUGAAAAACUAAAUGCAUAAAUAUUUUAUUUAUUUUGUAGAAAGGUAUAGUCUUUCAAGAAUAUUGUCCUGAUUUUUUUUUACAUUCCAAUUUCAAGGUUGUAGCUUUUUCUCAUGAAGAAUGACAAAAUUAAUUUUUUAUUAGUUUAAUACAUGUAUUUGGUUGGAUUACAUGUAAUCAAAUUUCAAAUUUCAUAUGAUGUAUUUCCAGUGGGAAGGGCUCUUAGUAUUUGUAGACAUAAUUUAUAGAAUUCAUUUUAUUACGAAGAAAAUCCAUGACAGAUUUUUUAUUUGUUUGUUGGCGGUUAAAUGCAUCUCUUUUUACACUACCUCUAUUUAAUGGCUGUCAGGUUCAUACUGGUUACUUUUUGAUUGUAUGUCCAAAAAAAAAAUACGAAAAAAAAUUGACCUGUGAUUGAAUUUGUUAGUAAAUUUAGUGUACCUUGCCAUUUUAACAAAUCACAGGAGGAAGACUUCAACACCUCCCAAAGUGUAGGCUACUUUGAUUAUACAUGUAUAGCUAAACAACCACAGUUUAAACCACCAUCUAGAAAGAGAUUUUUUUCUCUGUAUUAUAUUUAGGUAGUAGAGAAACUGAGAAAGUCAUAUCAUAUCAAAAUUAUAUAGUAAUAGACUGGAUGGAUUAGUGAUUAUUAGGCUUGAUAUACAAUUUUAGAAUCUAAUCAAUAUGUUUUUUUUAUUAUUUGUAAACAAAAUUAAAACUAGCAUUAACAAAUAUGUAACAGUACGCAAUAUACAUCAAACAUUAUAUGUUAAGGCACUCAUUUUAGACAUUUCUGCUUAACAUUCAAGUUAUAGUUUAAACAGAUAUUUUAUUGUAUUUCUAACUUACCGGUAAGAACCAUGCUUUCGUUAUUAACAAAAUAUACUGCUGUAAAUCUUUUUUUUUAUACUUUUUAGCUUAGAUGUAUUUCAGAUCUCCUAAAUAAAAUCAUUUUCCUUUUUAUCUUUUUGUAGUAUGAAAGUACUUCUUGUAUUAUGUAAUUUAUAUCAAACUCAUAAUGCUCAUUAAUUCCUUGAAACAGUUUAUUUACUUGUUUCAUUGUUAUUGAUUGUGAUACAAUAUCAUAUACAUUUACAUAUUUAUCCUAAUACUGUUGAAUAUCCUCAUAUUAUAUUUGAUUUUGAUACAUUAUCAUACAAUAUUUACCCAUGUUUUGUUGAAUAUCAUUGU